AGCUCGCUAACUUAGCCAUUCUGAAUUUGUCCAUUGAUAAUAGUCCUUGAGUUUUAGCUCUCUAUAUCUUGCUGUGUAGUUGCAUGGAUUCGAGUUUCAAUCCAACCGCCCCAUCGGAGGCACAUCCUGAAACAAUGGAUUUUCUUUCUCGUGCUUGGUGUAACUUUGCAGUGCAAGCUCUUCAACCAGAGCUUCAAGACCAAUCAAUGGUCGUACUUGAUAAUCAGCUUAACAAUUUCGAGAGCAACACCAAGAUUGCUACCACUCCUUACUUGAAGUUGGAUAAGAGCGUAAAGGUGGAAGAUCCAGAUGUUAAGCUACCACAAUGGAAAUCCAAUGAUGUCAAGUCAUGGAUAUGGAUGCAACAAGCCAUGCACCCCGAGUUGAAUUACAGCGGCUAUUUCCGGAAGAAAUGGAUGUCAUGGAAGCUCGUGCCGUUUAAGAGCAUAUCGAUCAGAAAGUGGCUGAAAGAGAUAAAGCAGCGGCGAAAAGAGGGAGAUAGGUUGCAAAGAGCUGAAGUUCACGCAGCAAUCUCAGUGGCAGGUGUUGCAGCAGCACUGGCAGCCAUUGCAGUUGACAAUGCAAAGAAAGAGGAGUCAAGCACUGCCAAGGGUGCUGCAGUGGCUUCAGCAGCUGCUCUGGUUGCAGCCCAGUGUGCAAAGGUUGCUGAAGCAAUGGGGGCUAAAAGGGAGCAGCUCAGCACCGUGAUGGGUUCGGCCAUGAGUGGCACAACUGCUAGCGAUGUCCUAACUCUCACAGCUGCAGCCAAAACAUCAUUGAAAGGAGCAGCAACACUGAAAGCAAGAACAGGAGGCAAGAAUAGAUUAAAGGGGAUUGCACCAGUGCUGCCCAUUGAAGACAGUAGCUAUGAGAUGGACUUGGACUUGGAGAAGUAUAGAUCAACACUUGCCAAAGGUGCUGAGCUUGGCAUUGAAACACCAGAUGGGGACUACCUGGUGAGAUCGGUGUCAAUAGUCCUUAGCAGUGAAGCCAAGCCACUUCUUCAGAUAAGGAAGCUCAAUCUGUUGAAAACCAAGAAAGAAAGUGUGAUAUUGGAGCUGCAUGCAGAGCUGUACAAGGAUUCAGAAGGUGAUGAGGAGGACAGUGAAACAUGUUAUAUGAUAGUGUUAACGACAAGUAGAGGGAUAUUCAAGCUAGACAUGGGUGAUGAUUAUCAGCGUUACAAAGCAUGGGCUACAACUAUUAAUCACUUGCUUAUGCUCUCUUCUUCUAUUACUAAAUAUCAACUCCACUUUUGUAAAAACUGAUUUGAAUUUUUAUUUUUUUUUCACUUUUUACUUUUUCAUGUUUUGUACAAUUUUUUUUUUUUUCCUUCCAUAUUUUACUUUGUUGUGUAAUAUAAUUAUUUAAUGACAAUUCAUGCUUAUCACAUAAUGAAAUAUUUCUGUGCACGCCCACAUUGAUACAUACUUGAAUAUAGCAUAAAAAGCAUGAAAAACAAGUUCUAUUUUUCAGCAAAAUCAAGAGCCCUUCAUGAAUAAGACUACCUAAAGAUUUCACCUCUUUUAGAUCCAGCACUAAUCAUUCUCCUUUCCAACAAUCCACCAAACCUGAUAUAAGAGUCAUAUAAAAUAAAAAGGUAUAAAACAACUUUCACUUUAGCUAAACAUAUAGAGCCCCAGUAACUAAACCGCUUAGUUAACAAUCCUAGCUUUUUGGUUUGGCAUGGGUUCUAAAGUGCUUUUUUAGCUUUUCAGGCUCAAAAGUAGCUUUCAACAGUGCUUGGAUAUUUUUCUAAAAGUCUUAGACAACUUAAAACCAAAGCUAGUGAAACGAACUUCUCAAGAAACCUAUUUCAAAAAGCAGAAAGUAAAUUAGAAGCAGUCUAUUACAGGUCUUUUCAUCAUCGAGUACUCACUGUUAAACAAGAUUCUUAGCAAGAUCUUUCCAGAACACUGCAAUUCAAGAUACAAGUGGGUUCAGUAUAGUCAUUUAUAGAGCAUUUCUGCUGCAGAAAGAGUGCAUAUAAAGCUUAUAUAUACUCUUCAUGUAUGUAUACGACAAGAGAGGUCACUGUUUAGGCGUUGUUAUCCACAAACUUAUAGUUUAUUGUGCCCAUGAUACUAAUAACAAAAGAA